UGAUAACGAUCAAUGGAUAUUGAUUGAUGAUUUUAAUUUUGAUAAUUUUAUUGUUGAUAAUCAAAAAAAAUUUUGGCAUCAUAAUUCCGAUUGGCUAGUGGAUGAUGAACCAGAAAAUCUUUGUAUGGGCAUGAAUAUCUAUCAAUAUAGCUGCCAUCGUAAAGAAAAUGUUCAGGUGAAUAAAAAAGGUUACCUGGAAAUCAUGGCCAAUAUUAAUAAACAUAUAAAAACUGGUUCUCAUGAACGUUUCCUAUUUAAUGGUGGCAUGAUUUCGACCAAGAAAAGUUGGCUUUAUGGUCGUUUUGAAAUGAGAGCCAUAUUACCUGAAGGUCGAUCACUUCGUUCCGUUUUCAUUCUUCGACCGGUGAAACCAAAAUAUUCGGGUGAUUGGCUUUCGAAUGGCCAAAUAAAUGGCCUGGUUUAUGCACAACAACAUAGCGCUAUUAUUGCCGGUAUUCAUUAUAAAAUGCCUGCUGGACAAUCAUAUAUGGGACGUAAAUUAUAUACACAACGUAAUAUAACUCGUUCAUUCAAUCAUUAUACGAUUGAAUGGUCUGAACAAUCGAUUCGUUGGAUGUUUAAUGAUUUUAUAUUUUUUCAACACAAUGUUUCGAAACCAUUUGAUCAAAAAUUCAAUAUAAUACUACAAUUGGGCGUUGGCGGGCCAGAAUUUGAUACCAGAUCCGGUGCUUUGCAACAAGAUGAUUCAAAACAUUGGCAUAAUAAUCGUUUUAUAAUUGAUUAUGUUCGUAUUUAUCAACGUGCAUCGAAAAUUCAAUUUUAUUCACCAUUAUCAUCAAGAUCUUCUUCAUCGUCAUCAUCAAGAUUAUCAUUAGCUAGAAUGUCGUGCAAUUUAUUAUUA